CUCGCUGGGCUCUGUCAGUUUUCAAGCUGAGCAGGAGCUUGGAUGUUACAUACCCUCCACAGCGGUGCAGUUUUGCUCCGGCUCAGCUGAAGUUUUCCCACAGAUAAGAGGGAAAGGGGUGGGGAAGAAAGAUUGCCUCGAGGACACCUCUCUCUUGCAGGACAUGGAGAACAGGCCAGCAGAGACCAACUCGGAGGUGGACAAGUCAGCAUCUCCCUCAGUGGCUCAACUGGCAGGGAAAUUCAAAGAGCAAGCAGCCAAUAUCACUGGAAAAGAGGUACCACCACAUAAGCCAACUCGGAGGAAACCACCAUGCUCCCUUCCAUUGUAUUCCCAUAAAACUGAGACAAGUGACAAUGAUGAGCAAAAGCGGUCACCAAAUGUUUGCCCCAUUCCCAAAGUCAAGGUGAAAAGCUCUCCCAUGAUUGAAAAGCUGCAGGCCAAUCUGGCUUUUGCUCCAGCUGCUCUGCUGCCGGGAGCGUCUCCCAAAAGCCCUGGUCUGAAAGCCCUGGUUUCUCCAUUCAGCACCCCUCCCUCAACACCCAGCAGCCCAGGGGUUCAGUCCCAGCCCGGUGAAGUGAAUGAGACCCCAGUCAGCUUCGAUCAACCCCCGGAAGGCACUCAGCUGCAAUUCUAUAACAAGGUGCGGACGCGGGGAUCGAUAAAGCGCAGGCCUCCAUCUAGGAGGUUCCGAAGAUCUCUAUCUGAGUAUGGAGAUGGUGAAGAUUUAGGAGUCAAUGUCUCCUCUCCAGAAAAUGGUGCCAAGGAAGAUGGGGAUGAUGUGUUUGGGCCCAGGGGCAAGGCAGAAGAGGCAGAAACAGAGAGCAAAGAGCAAAAGAAACAGACAGAGUCUGACGAGAAGCCCCCAUCAAGGAGAGGAUCCAGUAGAUCAGAAGAUGAAGAAAAAGAGGGAAAACAGGCAGAGAAGAUAACUCCUUGCAAGAGUAACACAGAGGAAGCAAAGGAAGAGGAAGUGUGUCGUAGUGUCCCUGGGGAGGAGAACUCUCCCCAGCCUCCCUCUGGAAACAUGGAGGAGAAGGUGUGUGAGGGCCCACAGGGGGAAGAGCAGCAAGGCAGUGCCUGUCAACAGGAAAAGAGGGACAAGGAGAAGGAAGAAGCUGAAGCUGAAGCACAGGAGACCAGUGAGAACACAGAUGCAGAGAAAGCAUCAAACACUGAAGAAACACCACUGGCACCUGGAGCACUGCAGGAUGCAGCAGGCUUGGACACUGCCAGUGAGCCUUCAACAACAGCCAUGCAGGACCAGGGCACAGCGUAACUGUGACGCACAGGACAUACCCAAUCAGGGCACAGGAGACUUAACAUGCAGAUAGGAGCCAUCUAGCCCAAUCAAGGUGGAAGCUACCGGAAAACCUUCGGUGGCAGGAGAAGAGCCGAAUACGGAUAUCCCCCGAGGUCCAGACUCAUCCUGGAGCUGAGUGGCUGCUUCCUGACUCUCUGUUUGUCACCAUCAUAUUUUGGGACAGUUGGAACAUGAGACUAGCUUGCAAUUACUUUGGAGUUCAAAACUGAAGUGUUGGCUGACGUUCCUCAGUGAUAUUUGGGGACUCAGAGAUCUGAUACCUGCUGCUGACAGCCACCACCACUCCUGCUUCCUCUGCUCCUUCAUCCUGCCCCAAAAUGUCCUUUUCUUCUCCCCUGCAUUGGUCUUAGAUGAAGUUCCUGGCUUACAUACAUACAUACAUACAUGAAUGGUGCCUUUUUCAUAGCUUCUUUUGAAAUAUUUUGGGGUUUCAAAUUUCAGUAAAUGAUGUUUUGACAGUAGGAAAAACAACGUUUUCUCCAUAUAUGCUGUAUGGCAGGCAAUGUGAACUCUGAACAUGGGGAAAACUCUUAGGACGUUGUUCAUAAGCAUAAGAUCCCUUUGAAGUGGGGAUCAAGCUGACUGAUCUGUGAAACAGUCAGCUGUGGUAGGCAGUUUUUCUGUGGCUUCAGCUUUAGAGUGUUUUUAGCACUGAUGGAAAGUAACAACCAACAGAUUUGAGGCACAGAAAAGAUGUGCUGCUUUGGUCAAUGGGGCAAGCUUUCUUAUCCAGCUCUGGGCUCCAGUCCAGAUUUAAGAGGGUCACCUGCCCAUCAGUUUUUCCCACUUCCAGACUGUCUCAUCUUUCGAUUCUCUUCUGAAACUUUCUCUGUGUGGCCACCAAGUGCCACUCAUAAUACAAAGCAUCCUGGAUUCCUGGAAGCAGCUGAUUCAUUUUAUGUGGGUCAAAGAAGAGGUUUUAGACAGCUGAGUUUCCAGCCAUACAGCCUGACUGAAUAUGAAUUGGUGAAGGUCAGAUAGUCAGUCACUCCCAAGUACUUAGUCACUGUACUAGAUUUGCAUUUAUUCUUGGGGUACUAGUAAAGUCACGGGUCUAGCAGCUGCUAAGCCAAAAAAGCUUUUACAUCUGGAGAGUAUUUGUUGCCCAUAAGAAAUCAGUUAUUUGAGGAAAGGCAGGUAACAGACCCUCACCUGACCAGUUUCCUGAUGGUAGCGCUUGAAGUUAUAUCUGCAGUACUGAAUAGAAAGCUGCUCUGGCUCAAGACCGUGGGGUUCAUGUCUACAACAUGACAUGGAGCUGUGGACAAGUCUUGUCAAAAGCUGAGCCAAGGACUCAGCUAGCCUUUCAGUGGUGUAAAUGGUUAGGAGCCACCAGCCACCAGUACCCAGAAACACAGCCACAGCUACAGAGACCAAGGAUAGAACCAACCAGCUCCUCUUCAUCCAUCACAAAGCUCCUCCUAGCAAACAGUUAGCUGAGCAGAGUCAGAGGUUUGGGUUGUCUCUCUCUAUAAGCACAAGCAUUUUACAGAACACGGCCCACAUUCCAUCCUUGAGAGGGCUCUGCAACACAGCAAUGUUACACACCCGAGGUUUUUGAGGGGCACCCACUUUCUGUUCACUGGCUCUAAAAUUGCAAGGGAAGAAGAGACUCUGCGUCCUGCCUUUCUUUUUCCCAAGUGGGAGCAGAGGUGCUAUUUGCUGGGAGCCAGAGGUGUUGACCCUCCUAUGUAGCACAAGCCUGUUGGCAAACACCAUCCCCAUGUCCCUUUGAGCUGUGCAGUGGAGCACUGUUCCCUUUGAAUCCAUUUUAAUCUGUUUGUUAGAGCUUCUAUUCCAGGGCAGGCUGCAAUCAUUCACUGUACUCUGUUUCUUCUCUCAGAAGAGUAUCCCAUCUGGAUGUGAGCGAUUGUGCCUUAAUGUAUAUAUAGAUAUAUGUGUGCCUGUUUAGAGAAUGAGUAUGUGUGUCCUGAGCAAGGGAAUGGAAAACCGAGGGAGGAACAGAAGAAAUAAAUGGUGGGAUAAAACCAAAACAAACCAAAAUCUGUGCUUUUCCUCCUGGGGAGGGGAAUAAGCCUGAGAGAGCUGGUAGCAGCAGGCAAAAUAGGGGUGGGAUUUCCACUGCCAUUGGAACAGUUUAACAUUUUAUUUUAAUUUAUUUCAUGGUAUUUUUUAUUUUUGGGGAAUAGCAAUAACCCAUGUGCUCAAUCCAGAAAGGAGGGUGUUCUUUGAGGCAAGCAGUGACACUGGACCGUGUUACACUCCCUGCCCCAGCCCUGCAGGUAUCAGGAAUCUAGGAGCAGAAGAAAGCAAAGCCAUCUAGCCUAGUGACGUGUCUCCCAACAACACCCAAGGUGACACACAGUGACUCUUCCUGUGAGAUUUCCCAGCUUCUGGCAAUCAACAGUGAAGUGACUUUCUGUGCCAGAAGUUACAUCACCAUCUUCAUCCUUCAUAGCUUUACAAGUUGCAGGGGGAAAAAAAAAAAAGCCUGCUUCUUAGCUGAAGGCAUCCACACAUUCCUCUUGUGGUAGUGCUCAGUUGCGCCAGGGGAGGUUCAGGCUGGAUGUGAGGAGGAAUUUCUUUACUGCAAGGGCUGUCAGGCAUUGGAAGGGGCUGCCCAGGGAGGUGGUGGAGUCACCGUUCCUGGAGGUGUUUAAGAGAUGGGUAGAUGUUGCACUUAUGGAAGUGGUCUAGUGGUUGAUAGGGCUGGGACAAAGGCUGGAGUCCAUGAUCUUAAAGGUCUCUUCCAGCUGAAACAAUUAUAUGAUUAGCAUUAGGACACUGCAAAAGCAAAAUCCAUAAUGCCCCAUCCAUGCUCCUAGGAAAGUUUGGUUUGGGCAGCACAGUCUUACAUCCACAAGGUGUACAAAGUCAAAACGUUUUGACUGAAAUGCAGACCACAGCUUGGUAUGGCGUAUAGGGUAGGGACACCUACUCAGACCUGUAUCUAUCUGUUAAAUUGCUGAGGCUGGAGUUUAUACAACACUGAGCAUCAAACAGGAAAACGCCCUCACCAAAUAAAAUCUGAUAUAAUUUAUACAGUUCCUCUGUUGUGGAUAGUACCUGAAAGAUUAAAAAAAGGCAAAAGCAUAAACCUUACAGGCUAGAAGACCUUUAAACUGGGAAGGAUGGAAAAGAGAGCAAGAAUGAAGAUAAAGGAUGAGAAAAGAAUGCAGCACUAGAGCAAGGAGAGUGUUGCAGUUGUGUUUGGCUGGGAUUGUCCUUUUGUGGUGACUUUUUGAAUGGACUGUUACAACUGUUGUGUGAGCCACAAUAAAAUGUUAGACUUUGGGUAA